AUGCAAGCGUUACCUAUAGCUGUGGUUUUACCAUUACCGUUACCACUACACAUACUACCAUUAUUAUAUGUGGUUUUUUGUCUAAAAUUAGUGGUUGCACAACAGGGUCUUCGUUCAUUAGUUGUUGGUGAGAAGAUUUUGGACCAUUAUGAAAAUCCAAAGAAUGUUGGUUCUUUGGACAAAAAUGAUCCGAGUGUUGGCACUGGUUUGAUUGGUGCACCAUCAUGCGGUAAUGUGAUAGAGUUGCAAAUAAAUGUCAAUGACAAAGAUGUUAUUGAAGAUGAGAAAUUUAAACUGUUGGUUGUGGUUCUGCUAGUGCCUCAAACUCUUUACUAA